AUGCGAUGUUGGCAGUUUCUCGCCUUUCUCUGCGUCUCUGCUCAACGCGUAACUCUCAUCACCCUUCCACAGAGCUGUUCUCGGGGCGACCGCGGUCGACCGAGGGCCCCCCGAUUUGCGGCGUAUUCGAGGGCGGCCGCGGUCGGCCUUUGGUAAGGGUCAACUCGGUCGACCCGUAGAUACAAAUUUUGUUUUGACUCCCAGUUUUUUUGCGAAUUAUGGAAAGCGUAAGUUUUACUGAAAUGAAAGUGAAACAAAAAAACAUUUAUUAUCGAGCACAUAAAAAAAGAAAAAAACCGAUGAAAUGAGAUAUUAAUCCAAAAAAAUUCAAUAGUUUCCUAAGUGGCCAGAACAGUUUACAGAACUAGAGAAAACAAAUUGAUAAAUAAAAAAAUAAUUUGAAAUUUUUCACAUCAUCAGGAAUUUCAUUUUUUUGCAAAAAAAUUAAUUCAAACCACUAUUUGAAAUAUUAUUUUAUUUAUUUACAAAGAGAAAAAAACGAAAAAGAUGCGAAAAAGUGAAAUCAAAAAGCACGAUUUCUGUCAAAAACAAUAAAAUUAAAAUUUUCAUGGAUCAUAAAUAACUUAAAAAGUUCAUUUUCAAUAUAAAAAAACUAAAAAUAAAAAAACAAAAAAAUACGGAAAAAUCCUCGCGCUCGCUUCGGGGGCCUGAAUGAAAACCGCUUCGCGGGCCGGGGCGCUCAGGGGCGCGUUGCGGUCGGGUCGGGGCGGCCUCGGCCGGGGUCGCCCCGACUUGAGAACAGCUCUGCCCUUCCACUCUAGCCCAACGCGUCGCGUGCGCCUAGUUUAACUGGCAAAUGUGUGAUUGUGCUUCUUCACAGUUGACUAAUACUACACCUCUUCAUGCUCCGAAAAAUGUAGAAGAAAUGACUGUUCAAGAGGAGAAAAAACAUCAUCGUAGAAAAGGAGAGGAAGAAUAUAUCAAAAGUCUUCAAUCAAAGGUUUGCUUUUGAAAUUUUUAAGUUUUUUAAAUUAUUCUUUAUUCCAGACUGAUAUUCUAAUUACAAAGCUUCAAAGAGCUCAAGAAUAUAAGAAUAAUGAAGUGGAGCGUCUCAAUAAACGUCGAGAAGUUUACGAUAACAAAAUAAAGGUACUUUAGUAAUUAACUAUUUCAUAAGUGAUUGAUCUUUUUUUUCAGGUAAAAGAUGAUCGUAAAAAUACUGGUAGUAAUAUUCGUAAGCGUCAACGUGAUGAGACAGAUGAAAAAGAACAGGUUCUCGAAGCUCUAAGAGCAAGAAAGAAGACACAAAAGGAAUUAAAGGAUAUACAAAUUCCUACCAAAUAG